GAUGGAAUGGCGCGCCGUCGAUCGAAGUCAAAUUGUUCUGUACGAGAAGAGUUGUCACAGGAGGAAAUUUUCUGCAAGAUUUAAUUAGUUUCUCGAUCAUGCCUCCAAAGAAGCCAUCUCCUGCAACAAAGAUCACCCCUAAAACUACAACACAAAAGCCUGGUACAGGCAGAGGUAUUUCAGGUAAGAAAACAAGCACAACAGCAGUGAAACCAGGAGCGGCUGGAAGCAAGGGGAACACUACAAAGAAGGGCAGCACGUCUCCCAAAAAAACACUAGUCAAAGGCAAGGAGAACACCGCAGUAUCAAAGGUAUGACUGGGUUGGUGCAGAUCCCAAAUUUAUCUAGGGUGUCUCCAUGGUGACAAGUAAGCUUUACAUUCUGUAUAAAAUACUGGUGUAUUAUGAGAAUGUCUUGAUGUUCUAAACAAAUAAGUUAGAUCAAUUAACAAAAGUAGCUUAUAACCUUAGUUCAUAAGCUUCUAUUAACAUAGAAAAUCCUUUUUUUUCGGAUGUAUUUCAACAUGAUCACGUUUUUUAUUGAUGAUAGUAAUAGUUACCAAAAAGGAAACAAAAUUUGAAAGGGUUGGACAGAAUAAAGUUAAGGGAGCUAGCCAAUAAUACCUUUCUUCUCCCCUGCUCAAUAUAUCAAGUUACUUAUUUUUUAAAAAUUAGCUGGUCUAUCCUUUUGAUAGCUAAGGAGUUAUAAUAUAAAUAACAGUUGCGGGAUAAACUAUAUGGUAAUGAAUUUGAAUUCAAACAGCUGCUUUUCUCUUUGCCUCAACAUAAAUAGAUCUAUGAUAAAUCACAUAAUUUUAUUAGACACAAGGUAAGAAGUGGACAAAGCAAGAUGAGUCUGCAGUAAUUAUUCAGAAAUAUGUCAGGAGACACUUGGCCAAAAAGGAAAUGGUGAAAAGGAAAAAAGCUAGGCAAGAAUAUGAAGAGCUGAUGGACAAGAUUCAAAAGGAGGUAGAUCAAAGUAACUUAUCUCCCAAAAAAAAAACAAAAAAAACCUAAAAAAAAAGUAAACAUAACAGUGCACCAGGUUACAUACAAGUAAAGGCAGGACUUUAAAGUUGUAAGUUUCCCCUUUUACAUCUUAGUGGCAUCUUUGGAGUAAGCCAGAUCAUUUUUUCACUUUUCCUUGACAUAGAUAGGGUCACACUGAGUAAACCUCCUUCUUAGCUACGCCUUAGCCUCUAUGUGUGGAGAAUCUGGUUGCUUUCUAAAAUAAUACUUUUGCUGCUCCUAAAAAUUCCAUUCUCUCUGUUGAUCUGAAGACUGUACAACAAAGGACUGGUGCUGACAUUGUGAGUUCACCAAGUUAUCUAAUGACUAUGGCAUUCAACAAAAAUGCAGCAAUGCUCAUAGAGCAAUAUGUUUACUUUUAUGUAGAGUUGUUUCCUGAAUACCAGGGUUUUUCUUUUUUUCACAAUAUCAGCUGACAUUGCUGAAAAGAAGAUGUGGAUUUGGUAUUCAGAUUCCUUGUCAAUCCACAUUGUCCUCUUGACAACAUCUGUGAUUGAUGAGUGAUAAAAGUUGUUGGCAAGGCCUUAGGACCAAUUGAUGAAAUUCACCAGCUGCAAGCUCUUAAGUACAAUCCCUGAACACCAGUUGUAGGAGACAAUGUGGAUCAAAAGGUGGAAGCUUGAGCCCUAUUUAGGUCAUUGUCUUGCAUUCUUGAGCAAGGCACUUGACUCUCAUAGUGCCUAAGUCCUUUCAGGACUAUGAAUGGGUGCAGGUAAACCUCAAGGGAACUUGAUGAACUUUAAGGGGGUUUGCCAGUGAAAGUGUAGCAUUUCAUCCAGGCAGAGAAAUAAUAAUGCCAGUCCCUUCAUACUAACGGACCCCAUUGGACUCCUAAGAUUAAUCCAUUUGAAGUGUUACCAUAUAUAGCUUGAUCUUGUGCAUAUUAUGUGAUUACGCCAGUCAUGAUAGUUGGGAAAGUCCUUUCUUAACCAAAAGUAACAGGUUUUUACUUGAAUGUGUGGCUUAUUAUGUUUCCCCUGUCUUGGUACAGGCAUGGCUGAAGCUGGUUCAGAUAGAGAGAGAAGAAGCUGAAAAAGAAAGAAAAAAGGAAGAGGAAGAGAGAAGAAAGAGAAAAGAAGAGACAAAGAGAAGAACUAGAAUACUUGAGGCUGCAUUUGAUGGUGAUAAUGAUGAGAUUUUAGCUGUGUUGGACGAGGUACUUCCAUCAAUACUGUGUUUUAUCAUGAAUUGGUUCUAUUCCCAUGUAGAGUAACAUUAAGUGGAAAUUAUAUUUAUUUCAAAUUGCUUGAUGACUUAACUCAUAUGCAUGGUAAAUGCUGCAAUCCCCUGUAUGUAGCUAUCUACAUAUUAAAUCUUAAUGAGUUAAAAGUUGAUGUUUGUGUCACUUUCUGUGUUGUAAAAAUUGACCUUAAUGUAAGAGAAGCCAGAAGAUAUUAGCUUUGGUAACUAAACAAUUAAAACUAUGAAGUAAAAAUUUGGACUAAACCCAAAAAUUAUCUAGACGGUUCUCUGGUAUUGGGAACAAAUCACUUAGUUGGAAUAUCUUUGUUCCUUUGACAAAGCUUACUAAAAAAAGCAACACAGUAACUGUAUUUUUUGUUCUCAAAAGAGCCAUGAUGUUCUGUUUUUUUUUUUUCAGGCCUAUGAAGAAGACUCCAAAAGAUCAGACCUAUCUGAACCUGCUCGUCAAUCCCUCAUAGCUAGGCAUCAGAUGGCUCUUGUGGACUGUGAAGAUGCAAACAACAACACCCCUUUGUCAGAAGCAGCAGGAGGAGGCCAUGUGGAGACAAUAAUGCUUCUGAUCCAGCGAGGAGCUGUGCUGAAUUCCAGGGGAAGAUAUCAACGAGUACCACUUUGGCGUGCUGCCUUUGGAGGACAUCUUCAGGCCGUCCAGGUGCGCCACAAAACAUUUUUGCAACAAUGUCUACAACUAAAUAUUUUUCCCUUUCUGAUAUGAUAAAUAUUUAAAUUCUCUCUUUUUUGUUUUUUUUGUUUUUUUGUUUUUUUGUUUAUUCUUGUACAUAAGGAAGGAAGGGAUGCUGUUUGGAUGUAAAACCAGAUUCUCCAAAAAAUGAAAUAGAGAAAUCUAUUAUUAUCACUUGGUAUUGUAACUGCUUCCAGUGAAGCUAAAUGUUACUGUUUCCAAGAAAAGCUGCAAAAUAUUUUCUGGUUAGAUUGAUGCCCUUGUGAUUAGUUCUUUUUAGACAAACUUAUAGUUAGGGUUUCAGUUCAGGAUAAGACCCCAUGUGAUCAAGAUCAUUUUUGAAUAGAAGACAAGUUAGAUCAUAAUCCUUGAUAAAGUAAUCAAGACCUGUGAAAGUUGGUAAGCAAUAACUUGUUUUGUGAUUAUGUUACCUAGCUCUUGGUUGUUGCUCAAAGCGAAACUUAUUGCUUGUUUUUUUACCUUUCUUUUGGUUCUUUUAAUUGCCACAGGCUUGUUUCCAAAAUAGAGAUUAUUCUUAAGCUAUGAUCACAAUACUUAGGUAAUUUCUUCACGUAAUGAUUUCAGUUGACCACGUCAAUAUAAUUAUGCCCCAAGGAAUAGGAAAAGGAAUAAAGAAAGAAAAGAUCUUAGAUUGGCUUGGUGUUUAUCGCAUGCUGCAACCCAGGAAUCGAGUUUCUAAAUCUAGCUUGAAAAGAAACAUUUACAGUAUAGUUAGGUCUCAGGUUUUGAACUUAAGGUUUAACAGAAUUGCUCCUUUGAUCAAUUUGUAACCCUAAAUCAAUUAGUUGUGGUUUCCAGCAUUUUUUUUACCAUCACAACUUAUACUUUCUGGAUGUAAAUUAUCAAAAAAUAUUUAUUUUUUGUGAACCAUGAUAGACCCUUCUUGAGCAUGGUGGUGAUCCUAGGCUCAUAGCAGAUGAUGGCACAAAUGCAAUACAGGUCAGAGAAUGUACUGUGCAACAUAACUUAUAUUGACCAGGUUAGCCCAACUAUAAGAUUACUGUAGUGUAAGUAGAAUUCAAAUUUGCACCUUUCUCUCUUGGUAUGACUUAUCCAAGAAAAAAAUAAAACUGUUCAUAAGUUAACAGUUGCUGCUGGUAAGAAAACCUUGAAAUGAUCAUAUUGGAGGUUGUGAUUACUGACAUGUCAAGUGUUUCCAAAGUUGGAACAUGCACAGGUACUUUUAUAAUGAGCGAACUGUGGAGAGUUACACCAGUACCCUCUUGCCCAACCCACUGUCAUAUAUGUUUUCCUUUGUCAAGUAUAGACGUAAGCUUGAUAUUUUGUAGUUCAUGAAAUUUAAGUUGUUGCACCUGUUUGAGCCCUCUGUCUUCCUUUCACUCCAACCUGAAUGGGGGUAUCCUCAGGUGGCAGCUCUACCAGCUGUUGAACAGGUUUUACAGGAGUGGGACAUUAAGCAAACAGAUGUUUUACUAGAAAAACUGGAAGCUGAUAGAAGUGUUAGACAAGAACAAGAAAGAAAGUUAAGAGAUGCAGAGAACAGUAGGUUUGUAGCUGAGGUUUUCUUGUUAUUACCAGCUGUCUUUUAUCAAUAGUUUUUAAAAUUAUAAACUCAAAUUCAAUUCUCCAGUGUAUCUAAGGAGAGAAGUGUAUCUAAGGAACAAUCAUUGCUACCAGUGCAUGCAUAGGUAGUCAGUUUCUUUAAGAGUUAACAGGGUAAUUUAGUAUUAUCAACUGAGUUGAUAAUGUAAAGUGGCCACUGUAAAAAGUUCAAAAGCUGAUUAAAGUUAGUUUAACUGUAUUCUUCUCAGAUUAAAGUUUAACACUUUUAUGAUUCUUUUGCCAAAUUUCUUAAUUAGACUUGAGAAGGAGUUAAAUAAUGCAGAAAAAGAGAAUCAAGCUCAUCAGAAAGAGGUAUGCCCGCUUAAGAUUAGAUAGAAAGGAAACUUCAAGAGACUUCUGGCUUUCAGAUAGAAAAAUAAAUUGUAUCAAAACUGUAGCUCUCCUGAAAUACAAUAUCAGUGUAAUCAACAUCAAACCUAUUUCCCCUUUUAACUGACUGAAGCUCCAGGAACUGAUUAGCUUGUUACUUCCCCUAACAAUAUCAAUAACAGACUUAGCAGCCAUAAGGUUUUAUUCUCACAAAAUAUGACAAAACUAUUCUCACAAAAAAAUGAAAAAAUUAAGUUUUCUUGACUUAUUUACAAGAAAAUGUCUGGCAGCAAGAUAAGAGAAUGACUAUGAUUUAGAUCUUACAAAGUAAAGGGUUACACAGCUAUACAGAAUAAUAUUUAUAAUGCUCUUGCAAAGAAUUUAGUGAUUUGUUUAGGCAUAAUCUUGAAAUUUAUCUUUCUCAGUUAGCUAAAGCACACUGUGAACUAAACAAAAGAAUUUAUGAACAUGACAAGUGCAUGGCUGAAGGAAAGACUGACAAACAUGAGGUGACUUUGCAGGUAUGUCACAACAGAAUAAACUGUUUAAAAUGGGAUUGAAGGCCCUGCAUGACUCUCCAGUGCAUGUUUUUUAUAGUUUGGGUCUUAGGAGUAUGUCUUUGAGAGAGGGGUGGAUCUCUGUAAAUUUUACCCAGCAAUGGUUGUCAUUAAAUUAAAUGUCAGUUUUUAAAGUUGAUCAGGCCUGUCAACCCCAUUUUGGACAAGUGAAUGAUGUUUUACAUACAAGCAGGGCUGGAAUGACUGGUUUUUAAAGCUGAUAAGUGUCUAUGUCAAAUAAUUUGGUUCCAGAUUAGUUUAAAAGUUUAAGUUUGCAGUCUAAGAUUCUUUUAAUGACCAGUGAAGAUCAUUUUGUCACGUUAAGAAAUUACUUGUAACCAAAUGAAAUGUGUGCUGUAAAUUAGUGACACAUACCAGAAACAUAUAGGUUAUAUGUUUCUGCACAUUCUUAAUAAACUUGACUUGCCUUAUAUUUCAGGCAGUACAUGAUGCUGAGGCAGUGCUUGAACAUGCAAGGAAAAAAGCAGAAGCAUCAAAAGAAGCAUUAGCUCAGGUAAAAUUUAACAUCUCUUACUGAGAACUAGUCAGUGUGUUAAGUUAAAGAGAUGCUGUCCUUACACUGAUAUACCAACCCUAACCCUAACCCUAAGAUAAAUCACUAAAUCUUGUACUGUGGGAAACACAGUGGUAUGACUGUGAAUUGAAAGUUCCAUUUUUGAUCCUCAGUGAGCCAGAUCACUGUCUUGUGUUGCUUUGUAACUUGUGACACUUAAAACUCUCAUUGAUAGUUCCUCACAGCACAAUAAUACUGAUUCAUGUAGUUUGUUCAAGGUCAUCAGAUACUAAACAUGAACCUUUACACAGGUGAAACUUGAACUUAGAGAGCAGCAUAAAAAGGAGGACAACUCUGCAGGUGAAAUAAAUGUUACAAAUAAUUGCCACAAAUUUUUAGUGCAAAUUAAAAGUGGUGAAAUGAAAAAAAAUAUUCACAGACAGUUUAUUGAGAAUCAGAUAUAGUGAAUUAAUUAAAUGUAGGAAAGGACAACAAGAUACAUGCAAACAAGAGUUAUACAAAAAAGAGUACUAGAUUUAGAGUUUGAAUGAAGAAAUUUGAAACAAAAGUGAAUUUCCAGGCAAUGUGUAGUUUUCCCAUCUUUCCUGUAACUUAUACUAAAGUAAGCUUUAAAAAGGUCAAUGCUCAGUUACUUUAUUUAGUCAACGAACAUACUAUGUACAUAUUGAUGGAGUUUGAUCAGGCAAGACAGACUUAAGGCCAUGCCAUACUGACUGAGCACAGGGAGGUCUGUAUAUCAUGCUUGAUUAUCUAGUCUGUAGAGUUUCUAGACUGUAGACAGUCCAGAUAGGUGCAUCUACUGUAGGGAAUGUGGAUAGGUGUUUUUAAUUCACUGUAGAAAAUGUAGAUAACUGUAUUCUGUUGCUAUACGGGGUUGACAAUCAAAUCAAAUGUAGAUGCUUUGCACAGUAAACAGUCUGAGUGUGGAACAUAUUUGGUUUUUUAAUGAAGUAGUACUCAGAGUGACUAUAUGGUGAAGUAGUAUGAAGUACACACCCUUUGAAAAAAAUGUUGACACUUGAAAAAGUGUUCACAAUGAACAGUGAGAACCCUACAGCUCUGAGGAUACACAUAUACAUAAUGACCACCAUUAGCACAUGGUGAAUGAUGGAAGCUAUCCACACUUUCCUGGAAGAAAUUAAUUAUUCUUAAUGAAGGGUUUUCAUGAAUUGUGAGAGAAGUGAAUCACUGAUUAUGUAUCUGCAGGUUAGCAUUUGGGCAAUUAUGCACAUACCUACCAACAGCUAGUUGUAUUUUAACUAUUUUUGUGUGUGUGUAUGUGUUUCUUCCUAUCAGUGUUGUUCUAAGACACAACACCAUUGUAAAAUGAAUUACUGAAAGUACUUUCAAGUAAAGAAAUAUAUUUCCAGAUAUCAGAGGUAGAUCACAUACAAAUUCAAUUACAAUAAAAUACUUAAAGAGCACAGGAGGAUCUAAUUUGGGAUUACUCUUUAUUUAAGCUGACAUAGACGUAAAGGGAACGAAAGUUAUGAUAAAAGACCUUGAUGAUGUAUUGUUCAGAGAUGUUGGUGGCAAGAUUGCUGCAGAUGGAAGGUAGAGCCAAUAAAUGCUGAUGAUUUUUGCUGUUGUUCUUUUUGUAUGUUUGGCUUUAAAUUGUUCAAGCCAGUUUUGUUUUGUUUUUAUUUCUGUUUUUUGUUUCAUGAAAUCAAACUGGUGUGGAAAUUUUACACUGAAAAAAAAAUUGGAAACAUAUCAGACAAUGUGUAUAAACAGGUGCAUUAAAAUAAACUAGCUCUUAAACAAGCUAUGGUUAAGUUUUCUUGUGUAUAUGGCCAUUAUAAUUGUCUAAUUUGUGUUUACAGGUGGCCCCUACUGAUAGAUUCAUCUCCUCAGACCUCCACUUUCUUGCGCUACCGCGACACAAAUUUCUUAAAUGCACUAAAUCCCAAGCAGAUGGAGCCUGAUGUGAUUCGUCUGGCACUCUUAGGAGCUUUGAGGUGAUCAACACAAAUAACUUAUUGUGGUCAAUGAGCAGUGCAUUUAUUGAAGGAUUACCCUAAGAAAUAUGACGCAAAAACUCUGUUUAAGGCCCUGAUAAACACAGUGUCGUAGAAUGAGUGUUAUACUUUUGUAAUAAUUUAUAGUACAAUGUAGGAUUAAAAAGUUGAAUGCUGUUACUUGCUUGUUUACUUGAUAGAUAUGGGAAGCCAGCUGUGCUGGAUAUGAUGGAUGUAGACAUGUUUGAUACUGUCACUAUGGUAUUUGAUGGAGUCCAGAAGGGACUCAUGGCCUCACUCAUGUCUAAAGAGCUUCUGAAAGAUAAUAAGUUAGUAUGAAUGUAGUAUUUGGAGCACAGCUUGUAAUGUCUGUAAGAAAUUACUGUAAAAAUCUAUCAGGUGUAGCCACUAUUAGUCAGUUAUGUAAAAAGUUAUAUUAACUGGGCACACAUAUUCCAUUAUGCUCAACAAUCAGUCACUUUUUCAGAAAUUAAAGACUGGACUUAAAAAUUAAAAAAGGGCUAGUAUUCAACUUUGCUAGUUUUUCAGUGCCUCCAGUCACAAAAUCAAGAUGACUUAAUACAACACUUGAUACCUGUAGCCCUUUUCUCCUCAACAGCAUUUCCUGCUUCAAAACUUUCAAAAAGCACUGAAAUCUCCAUAAACUUACUACCUUUUUUAUUAUUUAGACCCAUCUCUAUGAACAAAAUGUUUACAAUUUGUUUUGCAGAUUUCUAGAACUUGUCCGACCAGAAGAUGGAGAGGAGUACAGUAAGACAAGUUUCUUAGGAGCAAGAAUAGAGAAAUUUAUGUUUAUCAUAAUUACUCAACAAUGGAAUCCAGCAGAACAUUUACUUGAACAGACUUACCCAAUAAGAGUAAUCAUCCCUUCCAGGCCAGAUUUAUAAGAUUCUGUGCUAAACUUGUUUCUUCAUGUAUCACUCACUUCUUCUUCAAUGCAAAUUAAGGGACCCUUUUUACUGCAGGUAACAUGUGGGUGCUUUGUAAAGUACAUAACUUAUAUCAAGCUACUUGCAAGUUAAUAUCAGUGGUGUAUCCAACUAAAAAAGUGGAAUUGCCUAGGACUAAAAUCCUCAUGGUUUUGAUGUCCACAAUCUUUCUCUCACUUCAUGUUUCAAGUAUCAUUCUGUGAUCUGAAUUACUAUUCUAAUAAGCAGUCUCUUAUGAAUAUGGAAAUUCUGGACAUACAGCCCUUCUUUCUUAGUUCUCCUUGCAUACACAAUACCAUGCAUGCGUCCUCAUUCUUAAUGUAGACUUUUAUGUCAAAACUGAAUUGUUCCGAUGAAAUAACAAUAAAAUAAACUGAAUCUUUUGUUUUAGGAUCUUUCAUUGUAACUUGUGGU